AGUCUUAACCAUAUAAACUGCAGUGUUUUUUAAGCUUAACUUUCGUGAGAAUACAUCUUAUAAAAGAUUCAAAAGUUGUCUAUGGAUCUAUUUUUUAAAAUUUAAAACCUGAUUUGUUUAUGAGAUAUACCUCUUGAAAGUUUGGCUAAUUAGUUCACGUGUGUGUAUGUAUGAGUGUGGUAUAAUCUUUUCUUGGUUAUAUAUAAAAAAAAACUAGACCUUUCAUAAGGCAGAUAUUUUUCUGCUCCCAUAUAAAUAUUUUGGCUAAAACAGAUCUUCAUAAAGCAGGAAUUAUCUGUUAGACUAUGUAAAAGAUUGUAGAGGGCCUUUUCGAGCAAACAUCCCUAAAGCAAUCAAGUCAAGCUCCUUAUGUGGAACGGUCACGAAGAAAAAAUCUGAAAGUAUACAGAAACUUAGCAAGAAAGCAAGACGCAUUGUUCAUGACGAAGAUCUACUGAUCGAUGCAGCUACUGGGAAGGUACUUGGCUGUACAUCACAAACAUGCUAAUUAUGUAGCCUAUACGACCAGCAAAACCUAUAGCCUACCCACAGUAAUAUUUCUAGGCCUGUUAUUGGCGCGACAAUUCCACAUUCACACCUAGCAUGGUGUGGUCGCUCCGCUUGAACCAUACAUCUUGCACUUUUUUGCGAGUUCCGUCUCCCUGCAGAGGUACUGCGCUAUUACUUCGAUCUUUUUCACUUGGCGACAAUGUAGUGUAUAGCUUCAUACUUCCCGUCUUUAUUUUAUAAAGAGAUGCACAGUGACUUCUAUAAAAGAUGCAUUAUUGUCAUAGUGACGUUUAUCAGUCAGCAUAAAUUCAAGCCUUUCUGUCGAACCCUUUAAAGGGGAGUAGACAGGAGUGUCAAAAUUCCAGCAUACUGUAAUAAACUAUUCUCCCCCUUCCCCAUGUAGUUGUAAGUAAUUACUCUUAGUAUAAAAUAUUUGUCCGGCCAUUGCUUUAAAGAUGGCGGAGUGCACUGUGAGGUUUGACAGUAAACAAAGCUAUCAGAGGGAUCUAGGCUAGUGAAAAUGUAUACAUUAUAGCCAUAUAUUUGUUCACAGCAUAGAGAUAUUAUUAAAAGUUUAUUAUAUCUCUAUGUUCACAGUUAGCUUAGUGACAAUGUACUACAUUACAUAUCAUAUUUGUUGACAGUCAGCUAAAGUCCUUUUGAUUUAUUGAUUUAUAUAUUCUAUUCGUUAUAAAAACAAAAUUCUCUCAGAACAUAUUAUAUUUGACUGAAAUACGAAGCUUGUCGUAUCAUAUUACUACAUCAUCAGGUAAAAUGAUUACAAAAACUGUAUUACGGUUAUAACACUAAAAAUGACAAACAUGUCUCAAAAGACUUAAAACUAUUAUUGAUGCAUGUUGAUUAGUUAAGAUAAAGAAAGAAGUUGAUGUUGCUGAAAGGACAGUACUAGACUGGCUUAGGGGUGACGUAGAAGGGCGCUAUGUUAAAGUAUUUUUAUGUCACAAUACGUAACAUUUCCUUUCGUUUGUAGAGUUCCUCAUAGCUUUUCAGUAAACAACCAGACAAACCAGUUUUCGUUACAAUUUGUAUUUCGCUAUGUAUUAAAGGAUCGUAACUAAAGAUUUGUGUGCUAUAUUUUUUUGUUUUAUCUGGACAAUGUUGUAUUAACAUAAGUUUAAAUUUUGUGAAAAUUAUAACGUUUAUUCUUUUUAUUUUAUUUUUUCACAUGCGUUCUCACAAAAGCAAAACUCCAUUCGGUUUUCCGUUUCUUCUGCAUAUUCUAUUGAAAUAAUUUUUCACGCGCAGAGGAAUAUUCUUGCAUAAAAAACUGUGUAUUUUUGAAAAAAAGCUUUUGUCCGAAUUGAUAGAAAUGUUUAAUAAAAUUUAAUAGCAUGCAGAAAGUUAAACGACCUCGUACACAGGGCUGUCCUUAAAAUUUUAAUUAACACGUCAGAGGUUGGGCUUAUUCUUAGCUAGUUUUUCUCCCUCUUUUGACACUAUGUUCUAAUAAGUUUUAUGAACAGUUUGGUUGGAAUUUUAUCCCUGGCUCCUUAAAUACACAAUCUACGAAGAUGCAAGUGACGCAACUAGAAACGCAGCUUAUUAUUGAUUUAAUAAUAUCUGAAUCAGUAUUAGAUCGACAUAUUCUUGGCAGGAACGCGUAUACUAAAAUGUUUUUCGCUAUGUGUGAUUUUAAACCGACCGCGGUUUCUUGUUUAGAAAUUUACUCAAUCCAACGCCUCUUCAACGUGUAUUAAAAAACAAAGGUUAUGUUUCGUCAAGCACAGCAAAAUCGAGUUAAAUUACAGACAGUGUUUAAGAGACUUGCAUCUUUUGUGCCGGUAGAGUUUAACACAAGUCUUAAACAAUAUGGUUCACGUAUUAGAGGACGGAAGUUUCUGGUUGGCUCUUCUCAUAAAGAGAUGCCAGAAUUCUUAAGCUACACACACAACCCAAACCUAAAAGCUGUUCGCUUUGAAGGUGACAAAAGUAAAGUUGCAACCGCAGUACGAGAAUACAUAGACGCUAAUCUGCAAAGCAGCAGCGCGAUAUUAUUUAAAGGCCUACCAAUCGAGAGCGAGCACGAUUUCAACCGCAUAAUUACAGCUACAGAUUAUAAAAUGUUGCCAUAUGUAGGGGGCGUUGCAAGCCGAGAUAGCCUGGUUGAAAAUGUAUACGAAGCAAGUAAUGAACCCAAAGAGAUGAGUAUUGACUUACAUAAUGAGAUGUCGUGCUUAAAAAGAUUUCCACAAAAGAUAAUGUUCUGCUGUAUUACCCCUCCAACGAUCGAUGGAGAAACUCCAAUUUGUUUCAACAGGGAAUUCUUGCCAGAGCUUGAUCCAAGAUUUGUCAAAAAGGCGGAUGAAAAAAAAAUUCGAUAUAUCAGAAAUUAUGCUCGUGAGCAUUCGGAUUAUAUGUCAUGGCAGUCUAUUUUCAAGACCAACUCAAAAGAGCGUGCAGAAGAAGUCCUAAAGUCUUCAAAUAGCGAAUGGAAAUGGCAUUCAGAUGGUACCUUGACGAGUUGGCAUAUCUGUGAUGCCUUUAUAACACAUCCAGAAACGAAAGAAAAAAUCUGGUUUAAUCAAAUAGCAGCAAUGCACAAUUCGUUCUAUUUUAAUCAUCCAGACUUUUAUGAUCAACCUGAAUUAAAAGCAGAAGAGAUACCUCACCAUGUGAGUUAUGGUGAUGGUGAAGAAGUAGAGUUGGAGUAUAUACAGCAGCAUCGAAUUGCACAAUGGAAAUUAGCUGUUGGAAUUCAAUGGGAAAAGGGAGAUUUGUUAGUUUUGGAUAACUUAUUAGCACAGCAUGGGCGAAUGAGUUAUGAAGGGGCGAGAAAGCUCGCGGUUAGUUUAAUAAUUGAUUAAUUUUUUGUAACAUCUAUAUAAUAAUACGCCAGUUCCGUGUGUCUGUAACAGGCAAAGUGGAUGUGUUGUUUUUCUAAAGAAACAGCCGCGGUAACAUGUCACCUUUGCUAACUUUUAUUACUUAUUGUCUUUUGUGUGCUUUUUCAAAUUGAUUUAAAAUUUUUAGUUUAAGAAAGUCACGGUUAAUUUACUUUAUUGUUCUCAUAAAAACCUUUGUGUAAUAAUGUAAACUUUAUUACACAAGUCACGGGUAAUUAAAUUCUUAUUAUUCCCUUCAGCACGUGUCUAUUGUUUAUGAAAAACAUAUUGGAUUUAUUUAUUCCCGCUUGAAUGGAAUUAACAACAAAACGUUUUCACGAAAAGAACAAUGAAUUUUAUGGUUAAUUUCGCUGUUUUUUUAUUUGGUAUCUAUAGUGGAUUUUUCCACGGGACUAAAUACUAGUCUCUUAUAAUAAUACGGAGAGUGUGUCUGUGUGUCUGUAACAGGCAAAGUUGAUAUCGUCAUUUUCCUUUGAUGUUGCCGAAAAAAAUCUUUGAUGUUGCCGAAAAAAAUAUGUCUUCUUUGUCGUGAAAAGCCGCGAGUUUUGUGUGGUUUGUUAAAUAAAGUUCUAGCACAAAGUAACGGAAAUUGUGUUUGCAAAAAAGAUGGCUGUCCUUUUUAAGCAUUUGUCUUCUCUUGCCUUCAAAAUAGAUCUUUACAAAAGCAUUUAAAAAGGGGCAUGGUAUAUAAAUGAAGUAUAGAAAGGUUUCUGUAAGGUUUGUUUAUGUUUUUUAAAGUUUUGAUGAUAUUAUUGAUGCGAGACAUGGUUGUUAGCUAGCAUCAACCACAACAACAACAACUACCUAGCUAGGUAGCUAGGAAUUUAUAAAUAUGUAGCCAUGUUCUUUAUACCUAGCUAAGUCUCCAGUUUAUAUUUAAGUGACCAGCUAUUAGCUGCUGUAGCUACCUUAUGCUAGCUUCAGAUUUAUGUUGCUUUUUACAUGUAAGCUAAUCUUAGUGGUCUUUGCUAAGAAUGUGACUGUAACUUAUUUUAAUUGACAUUUUAAGCUUAAAUUAACAAGCCACAACAACUUUUAAAAAAGUAUUACAUAAUAUUUAAGAAGAGUUUAAGGAAUGUUUUUAAGCAAAUAAUGUAUUUUUCACAAUUUGUAUAUGCAAAUAAUGUAUUUUUCACAUUUUGUGUAACUAAACUUAUAGUAAGUACGGAUCAUUAGACAAAAAAUUGUUUUGUUAACCGGUUAAUUUUUACAUUUUGUGCAUAUUUUUGCGGGAGAGGAUGGUAUGCAACCGAAUAAAUGAUUUUUCAAAGUUUAACUUUUUGUUUUUAGGUGUUUUGUGUUUGUUUAAGUUUGGCUUUUUGAUAUUGUUCAGGUUGUAUUGUUGUAUAAGCAUUUAGGGAAAAGACAAUGUUUAAAAUGCGUAAAGAACUUAUUUCAUAGAUCUGUGCUUACUGUUGCAAGCCUUUCUUUUCGACACUUCAGAUUAAAAUAUUGAAGGUUUUCAACAUAAUCACAUAAUAAGAUGUAUACAUAUUUGAGAUAUGUGUUAUUUCUGACAUUAUUAUUAUUGUUGUCGUAACUGUCUGGGUUGUGACUGUCAAUGUUGUAACUUUCCACUAACUAGAUUUUACACCUUGCACGCCGUUGUUUUUCAUAUUUUGUCUGAAGUUUUGUUGGGAGGAUUUCAUGCGAUUUGACAUUUGAUAUUUUGUGUUAGAUUUUAAGAACUUUUUUGUUAAAUUAUGACUUAUAUACUUUCUUUUUAUGCAUUUUCAGAUUAUUUUUUUAGUAAAAGGCAUAUUCAAUAUACUGAAA